UUUUUCAUGUAUGGUGAACAGAAUGAGUAUUUUCCAAACUAUUAAGAAUCGAGUUUGAAGAAUCCUUGUAUAUAUAUUUAUAGAGUACCCCUUCAUUCUAUGCUGGAAGAUAAUUCAAAUAAACCUUUACAAGUAGAUGUCUCAUCUCCAGAAAAGUUAGCUGGAUUUGAAUGGUGGAGAAGAUCUCUACUGUAUAGAACCGGUUUAGGUAUUACAGAACAAGAAAAACAACAAUUCGAAGUAGAUUAUCAACAUAAAUAUUUACCACAAAGAUGUAAAGAAUGUGAUACUAAUCUUGAUUGGAUGUUGACUUAUUCCCCAUCGGUGAGGUUUAUGUUAGAUCAAAUCAAAAAAAUAACUAAAGAUAAACAAGAAAUACUUGAUAAGUCAAAUAUUGUAUGUGAUGUUUGUGAUGAUUUAAAAGGUGGAGGAUUUCAUCCCGAUCAUGGAAUUUUAUUAUGUGCUAAUCGUAUUCAAAGUAAAUGGCAAUUAGAAGAUAUUUUAACUCAUGAACUAGUUCAUGUAUAUGAUUAUAUGAAAUUUGAUGUUAAUUUUAAUGAUUUAAAACACCAUGCAUGUACAGAAAUACGAGCAUCAAUGCUCAGUGGUGAAUGUCGUAUAUGGAAUGAAAUUAAAAAGACAGGAUUAGGAAAUUUCGGUAAAAAGUUUCAAGAUUGUAUUAAAAGAAGAGCCAUCUUAUCGGUAGCUGCAAAUCCAAUAUGUAAAAAUAAAGAAGAAGCUCAAAAAGCCGUUGAUACAGUUUGGUUAUCUUGUUUUAAUGAUACUAGACCCUUUGAAAGAAUUUACAGGUAAUACAUAUGGUUAUAAUGUAUUAUAUUACUAGAUAAUUCUCGCCAUAUUAAAAUUAAGUAAAUUAAAUCAUGUAAAUAAAAAUUUUUAGAUCAUUAAUAUUCUGUAAAUAAUUAAAUAAGUCUAGAUUAAAUUUUCAGUAUUAGUUAUGACCACUUACGUAUUAUGGUUCGCAGUCAGCCUUCGCUAUGUUCGGAAAUUUUAUUAACAUAUGCAGUUUAGCAUAUGCAGUGC